AUUGGUUCCGGUGACGUUAUCUAGGGAUUAUUUUGCGGACUCUGGUGGUUUAAUAGCCCGCGUCCUUUUAAGCUAGCUGGCUAAACAGUAGCUGUUGUUGUGGAGUUUGGAUGCGCGUGAGCGAGCGGAACUUGUGCGUCAUCGCCUCAAAGCCCGCUUUUCUGGGGAGCUUUGAGCCAUCAGACGGGACUUAAAGGAGCGUGAUGAGACACAUGUGAAAUAUGAGGAGAGAGAUCGCAGCUGUUGUGUUUUUUCUGAAGAGGCUUGUGAAAAGGGAGGGGAAGUUGGAGUCUCAGCAAAUCGAGCGAUUUGCUGAGAGGCUGGCUGUUGCCCUGCAGGAGAAGUUUAAGGGGCACUGGUACCCAGAAAACCCUACAAAGGGUCAGGCAUACAGGUGCAUUCGGGUCAACAGGUUUUAUAAGGAGGAACCAGAACUUCUCCGGGCCUGCAGAGAGAGUGGCUUUCACUACAGUGACUUGAGGCUCCCGUGUGAACUCACACUGUGGGUGGACCCUGGAGAGGUUUGCUGCAGGUUUGGGGAGCAGAAUGCUUGCUUCUCAGUUGCAACUUUUUCCAGCGACAACGAAGACGACAGAGAUGUUGCUAAAAAGGUGACCAGCGCUCUGGAGAGAGUCACGUCAGACUACCACUCAGGUUCUUCCUCUGAUGAGGAGAGCACCCGAAGCUCGCCCCUCUCCAGCAGCUACCGGCCUCAUCAGACCAUGAACCUGGCCGCUCCUUCGUGGCAUCCUAAGAAGAUGGUUACGGGCAAAUGCCUCCCACUCCCUCAGCACCACUACGGUUACCGGCCUGCUCGGAGGGUCCCCCACGGUUUGAGGCGCGGCCUUUGGGUCCCCCCCGUCUAUGGCAAUGGCCCUGCAUACUGGGACACCGAUCACAGAUUGACACAUUGUUAAACACAAAUCCUGGUGCUUAUUGUUCACACUGGAGACGACUUUGAAAGAAUGACCAACUUUUUUAUAUUCCUAAUAUUUUUUAAAUAACUUAAAUAUUUUUAAAGGUCUUUUGCACUUUAGACAUUUUUGUUGUAGUUUGAAUCGAUUAAAUUAGGUUGAAAUUGGCCGCGUAAACUGUACUGUACUUUUUACCAUAGCUUCAUUCAUGUAUGGCAUAAAUAUUUAUUCUCUGAAAAAUUCUUAGGCAUAUAGGCUUCAGGUCAAGUUUAUUAAACGUAUAAAAAAAGUUUUUCUGUGUUUGUUCUUCAACUAUUCCCACAAAUAUUGCAGUUGACCUGCAGUCAUUGAGAACUAAAGUGAUGGAGGAUUUUUAACGGGUAGUUUUUUAUUCUUGUUUUUAGAAAUGAGCUUCACUCAGACGCUGUUGCAUCCCAUUCGUUGUUAUAAGUUGCUGUUUGAUGUAUGGAGGCGGGCGGCGUUCUUCCACAUCAAACACCUGAUGUACUUUCUGCUGAUAUAGACGAACACGGAGUUGUUUUCACAGUUGGUCAUCACCUAUUUUGAAUAUUUAUUUGCAAUUUUGCCAAAUUUAUAAGCUUUAUUUUAAUAUUUGAUUGCAAAAUAAGUUGCUUUAUGAUUAAAACACUUUUUUUUAAUGUCUGCCAGUGUUUCUCUUCAUAAUCUGAAAGUAAAGUCAUUUUUUAUGGAGGCUGACCUUUAUUAUGAUACAUCAUUGUCCUGGUCAUGUACCAUGCUCACGUUUGUGUCAAAAUGUAUAAAUCUGUAUUUACUCUAUUCACUUAUUGCUUAAAAGAACGUGAUUUGGUGCUAGCGCAUCACUUUAAUCUACCAGCCUGACUUCUGUUUUGUAUUGUUCUCAUGAAUAAAAAUGUUUUAGUUGUUUGGA